UUGGAGGUUCAGGGCUGCACCCCAGCAGGGACCUUGGCAGUUAACAAGCUUGGCUCGGUGUCCGUGGUCCCUGCACGGGACUCUGACAGCAGCAACAGGACGGGCCACCCAGCGCGGAUCGUGCGGAGCCGUCAGUGGUGUGAGAUGACUCCCUGCAUGGAGGGCGAGGUCUGCAGCCUCCUGUUUAACAGAUCCGGCUGGACCUGCACCAGGGGCAGUGGUCGCAUCAAGACCGUCACGCAAGAGAUGAGGAGACGGACAGAGCAGCGGAGACAUCUGUCCCUGUCGACAGCUCUGGGCAGGUGUAGCAAACUCGACAACCUGUCGUAA